AUGACUAUUACACUAACCGAUGAGAAAAAACAGAAAAUUGUGAAGGCAUGUAAGGCACUGCAGAGACAGCAAAAUCACACUAUCCGGGAGGUUUCUAAGGUGAUAGGGCUCAUGGUGUCUAGUUUUUCAGCAGUUAUGUAUGGACCAUUAUACUAUAGACAACUAGAGCGGGAUAAAUCUCUAGCUGUUAAAGACCAUAACGGAAACUAUGAUGCACCAAUGGCUCUAUCACCUGUGGCCAGAAUAGAAUUACAAUGGUGGGUAGACAAUAUUGACAAAGCAUUCAAUGUCAUCAACCAUGAACCCCCAUCAAUUACAAUCAAUACAGAUGCAUCAAAAAUUGGAUGGGGUGGUGUAUUGGAUGGUACAACUUGUGGGGGACAUUGGUCACCCCAAGAAUCAGAAGAGCAUAUUAAUUGCCUUGAAUUAAGGGCUGCUCUUCUUUCAAUCCAAUCACUAACACCUGACAGGAGCAAUACCCACAUUAGAUUGAAGAUUGACAACACGACAGCAGUGGCUGCUAUUAACCAUAUGGGCACUAGCCACUCAAUACAAUGUAACAAUGUAGCUUUAGAUAUUUGGCAGUGGUGCAUCAGUAAACAAAUCUGGGUCUCAGCGGAACAUAUUCCGGGCAAAUAUAACAUAGUAGCUGAUAAAGAGUCAAGGGAAAUAAGCAUCAGCAAUGAGUGGAUGUUGAACCCCACACUCUUACAUCAAGCACUUGACAAAUUACAAGUUAACCCAGAUAUAGACAUGUUUGCAUCUAGAUUAAAUGCUCAAUUUCCCAGAUAUAUCGCAUAUAGACCAGACCCAGGAGCACAAUCUAUUGAUGCAUUUUCUGCUCAGUGGAACACUUUCCAAGGUUACCAUUUUCCUCCUUUCAGUGUCAUUUCAAAAGUUCUUCAGAAACUGGAGCAGGACAAGGCAACAGGAGUAGUAGUAAUCCCCAAAUGGAACUAA